AUGGCAGCUGAGGGGUCUGCUUCCAGCCGCCGAGCUGAGAUCCGGGCGAGUCUGGCUAGGAGCCCCAGAGGCGCCCGCCUGGUUUGGCCCCACCACGCCAGGUCUCGGAGGAAAAGGGGCCCCCCGACUCCAUCCGGCAGGACCUCAGCCUCACCGGAGCACAUCUCCAAAGACCCACACCCCCAGCACCAGCUGGGACUCGAACGCGUCCUGAACGCACCACCGCCCCAGCACCGCAGAACAGGGCCCUCCUCCCCAGGCCCUUCGCCCGCACCCAGCUCCGGGCCAGGAAGUCAAAGUAACGCACAGGCGCUGUCACUGGCUCGCGCUGCGAUUUCGGCCGCAUCCGCAGCCCGCCGCGAAGCUGGAUGCCAGUGCCCACCAAACCCCUGCUCCGACAUCCUCCACCGAAAGCCCCUGCCCGCCCCCGCUCCAGCCCGUCCACCCUGCUCUCCGCCCUCGGAGCUGACCGGUACAUUCUGCAGAAACAGCCCUCCUUGCUCUCUGGCUUCUGGAGCCCAGGGGGUGCCCUGCUACCAGGUAAGGGGAAGGUGCAGGAGGAGGCCCAAGUGUCUCGUCCUGUGCAUCUUUCCCCCAGGCGGCGUCCGGCCAGGUCUCCCACCUGAAGGUCACACCCUUGAAGGCUAUGGCUUCGCAUUCCCCCCACGUUCCAGCCCCAGUCCCCUGCACGCCCCAGGCCCAGCGUGGGUGAAGCUCGGCAGCUGUCCACGUGGGAGCACUGCGUCAUCGCGGUGGCGCUCUGCCUGCCACACCCCCAUAAAUUAUACCCCAUAAGCCCCUCCCCGCACAGUCCUACUGUGGGUGUGCAACAGCCAUCCUCUCCCCUUCAGAAACCCCAGCUGCCAUCGGUGGAGACAGAAGCCCCAGUAAAAGUCAGAAAGGCAGAGGCAGGCGAAUGCAUCAGCGGGUUCUGAAGACACUUUCACUGGGGGUGACCGGUUGGGUCGCUGUUCUCCUUGAGACGGGAUGUCAUAAAGACGUGUGGGGAUGGUCAGCACACUCCAGGGUCAGCCUGGCUACCAGAGAGCCAAGCUGUCCCCUCCGGAGUGCUGCUGAAAGGGGCUGCUCGGUGGUGAAGGGGACGGGUUAGCAGGAGGACGUGGUGGCCCCGGUUCUCCCCAGAACUCUGUCAGGGUCGGAGCUAGCAGCCUCCUCCCACCCCCAGCCUGCCUGCUGGAAAGUUAAAUUCCGUCAGAGAGCAGUGACAGCUGCCAAUGAGACAUAGAGGGGACAGUGGGGGAAGGGCACAUGCCUUGAAGUUGGGCCUGCCCGGGCCGAGUGCCUAGGUCUGCCGUUUUCUAGCUGGGUGGCUUGGGCAGGUCCCUCAGCCUCUCUGAGCCGGGUGUCCUGGCCCGUGAAGCGAGGGUGGCAUUCCUGCCCUUGGAGAAUUAUUCAGACAUGGCUCUGACCCGUGCACACUGUGGCACACUUGGUUAUGGUUAGCGUGCGUAGCCGCGGUCGGGAGCGUUCCUAGGAUUAACACAAGAACAGCAUUGCUGGCUGGACACCAUCUUCGAACAUAAGAAAAACGUGCAUCUAUUUUGAUGUUGAAACCGCUGACUACUGACCGCUACUGCUUAGUCACAGGUGAGGACACUGGGACCCAGAGAAGGGGAGUCUCUUGCUUGAGGUCCCACAGCAGUAGCAGACAUGGGUCUGCAACAAGGGCCUUCUGAGACCGUUUUCAAGCCUCAUGCUGUGGCAGACACUACCACGGCGACUGGCCGUAAACCACGUCCUGUGGGAUCCCUCCCUUCAAGUGUGGGCAAGACCUGUGACUUGCUUCUUAAAAAAAAAAAAAAAA